CAGUAGAAGAAGAAAUCCGCCCUCGGAAAAAAAAGAAAAAAGGUGUGGCUGCUGACGGUGUGUGAGAUCUAUUUUGUAAGUUGUGUAACAGUGUUUGUGUGCAGAAAUGUCCGGCUGCAGACUGAUGAAGGCAAUCAGAGUGAGUGAGUUCGGAGCUCCGUCUGUCCUCAAGCUCUGCUCGGACGUGGCUGUCCCGCAGCCGGGACACAAACAGGUGUUGAUCCGGGUGCAUGCAUGUGGCGUGAAUCCUGUGGAGACGUACAUCCGUAGUGGAGCGUACAGUCGUGAACCUGUCUUACCUUACACACCUGGCACUGAUGCGGCUGGAGUGGUGGAGGCUGUUGGAGAGGGAGUCACCACAAUAAAGACAGGUGAUCGUGUUUUUACCACAGCCACAGAGUCUGGAGCUUAUGCAGAGUUCACUGUGGCAGCAGAAGACUGUGUCCGCACACUGCCGGAUGUGUUAGACUUCACUCAGGGAGCGGCUAUAGGGAUCCCUUACUUCACCGCGUACAGAGCGCUGGUUCAAAAAGGCCACGCAAAGCCUGGAGAGACGGUCCUCAUCCAUGGAGCCAGUGGAGGGGUGGGUGUGCCGGCAUGUCAGUUGGCCCGGGCUCUGGGUCUCACAGUCCUCGGAACUGCAGGGACAGCUGAGGGUAUGGAACUGGUUCUUAACAGCGGAGCUCAUAUGGCCUUCAAUCACAGAGAAGACGGAUAUACAGACAAAAUCAUGGAAGCCACAGAGGGCCAUGGUGUAGAUGUGAUCAUAGAGAUGCUCAAUAUCAACCUCAGCAAAGACCUGAAGAUGUUGGCCUAUGGAGGACGUGUUAUGGUGGUUGGUUGCAGAGGCUCCAUACAGAUCAACCCAGAGACAUGAUGGUCUAAAGAGAGCAGUGUCACCGGGGUGGCUCUUUUCUUCGCCCGACCAGAGGAGAAGGAAGUGUGUGCGGCGCAGCUCUAUGCUGGGAUGGAAGCCGGUUGGCUGCGUCCAGCUGUUGGGUCCAGAUAUCCCCUCGAAAUGGCCGCCAAGGCCCAUGAAGACAUUAUGAAUUGUCCUGGAGCUGCCGGGAAGAUGGUCUUAACCAUGUGAUGACCAGCUAAGUCACAGCUCACCAAGUAUGCAUCUGUGUGAUUUAAGAAAAAGAAAAAAAGGUGGUGGUGUGGUGGUGGUGGGGGGGAUUGGCUCCAGCCCCCUGUGACUCUUAACUGGAGUAAGCAGGUAUAGACAAUGGAUGGAUGGGGAAAAAGCAUCAGUUAUGUGACCUUUGUUUUGAUCUUUUCAACACAGCUUUUGAAAGUGUCCCUCAACAAAACUGAGGUUGAUGAGGUGUUUGGCAAAUGUUUUUAUUCUGUUCAAUCACAUUCAAGUGUAUGUUUAAAUGAUCACAUUUUUAUGAUUUCCAACUGUGUAUCAGUACAUGUUUAAUCAUGAUGAUAACAGAUGUUUUUGAUUGACAUGUCUAAGCAGUUUUGUUGACUCUUCCUGUCACAAAAUGUACCUGGUCAGGGUUAGAGAAAUAUUUUGAGCCUACUGGUCAGGACCAGUAGCACCAAUUUUGUUACUGGUCCUCCUGGUCCAAGGUAGUGGCCCCGGGUAACUGGAAGCUCAGAGCCUCCGACGGUGAGCCUCAGCGUGGCAUUAACCACCACAUCAUGCUCAUGUAUUCAAUCAAUAUUGUAUUUGUAAAUUUAGCCCAUGAUAAGAAUGCUUUAUUUUGUGUUGAAUGUAUGAAAAUAAACAUUUUCUUUCAUGAUCCACUGCUUUUAUAU